AUGGAUGGUCCUAUAUUUGGUGGAAUUCCAUCAACACAACAACAACAGCAACAAACUCAAGAUGAUUCUCAACAGCCACAAGAUGCAAUUUUUGGUGAUAGAGUCCGUAGAUUUCAAGAAUUUUUAGACAGAAUAGAUGCAAAUUCAGGAAUAGAUUAUAGAAGUCAAAUUAAAGAUAUGAUAAUCAAAGGGAAAUUUAGAUUAAGUGUUUCAAUUGAUGAAAUAAGAGAAUUCGAUAGAGAAUUCUGGUAUGGUUUACUUAAUCAACCUGCAGAUUUUUUACCUGCUUGUGAAAGAGCAUUAAGAGAUACAGCUAUGGCUAUUUAUGAUAGACAUGAUCCUGCUUAUGAUCACGACAACUAUGAUCCAAAUCAACAAUAUUAUUUAUCAUUUUCUGGUGCAUUUGGUAAUCAUUCCCUUACACCAAGAUCGAUUGAUUCUGGUUAUCUUUCAAAGAUGGUUUCUGUCGAAGGUAUUGUUACUAGAGCUUCUUUGGUUAGACCAAAAGUUAUUAGAUCAGUUCAUUAUGCUGAUAAAACUGGUAGAUUUUAUGCUCGUGAAUACCGUGACCAAACAACAUCCUUUGAUGCCAUUGCCACUCCAGCAAUUUAUCCAACUGAAGAUAUGGAAGGUAAUAAAUUAGUUACUGAAUAUGGUUAUUCUACGUAUAGAGAUUACCAAAAGAUAUCUGUUCAAGAAAUGCCAGAAACAGCACCUGCAGGUCAACUUCCAAGAUCUGUGGAUGUUAUAUUGGAUGAUGAUUUAGUUGAUUUAACAAAACCUGGUGAUCGUGUUCAAAUUGUUGGUGUGUACCGUGCCCUCGGUGGUGGUGGUAAUAAUAGUUCAUCCUUCAAGACUGUUAUUUUAAGUAACUCCGUAUAUUUGUUACAUGCUAGAUCAACUGGUGUUGCCUCACAGGAGAAAAUCACCGACCAAGAUAUUAGAAAUAUUAACAAGCUUUCCAAAGACAAAAAGAUUUUUGAUGUGUUAUCAAGUUCGUUAGCUCCUUCCAUUUACGGGUUUGAAUAUAUUAAGAAAGCAGUAUUACUUAUGAUGAUGGGUGGUGUUGAAAAGAAUUUGGAUAAUGGAACACAUUUGAGAGGGGAUAUCAAUAUUUUAAUGGUGGGUGACCCAUCCACUGCAAAAUCCCAAGUGUUAAGAUUUGUUUUAAAUACAGCAUCAUUGGCUAUUGCAACCACUGGUAGAGGUUCGUCUGGUGUAGGUUUGACUGCUGCAGUUACCACCGAUAAGGAAACUGGUGAAAGAAGACUAGAAGCAGGUGCCAUGGUUUUGGCGGAUAGAGGUAUUGUUUGUAUUGAUGAAUUUGACAAGAUGUCUGAAACCGAUAGAGUUGCCAUUCAUGAAGUUAUGGAACAACAAACUGUUACUAUUGCCAAAGCUGGUAUUCAUACUUCUUUGAAUGCCCGUUGUUCUGUUAUUGCUGCAGCAAAUCCAGUGUUUGGUCAAUAUGAUGUUCACAAAGAUCCUCACAAGAAUAUUGCUUUGCCAGAUUCUUUGUUAUCACGUUUCGAUUUAUUGUUUGUUGUCACUGAUGACGUGAAUCCAACUAGAGAUAGAGUUAUUUCUGAGCAUGUUUUGAGAAUGCACAGAUUCAUUCCACCUGGAUUGAUGGAAGGUGAACCAAUCAGAGAAAAAUCCAGUGUUACAUUAGCUGUUGGAAAUGAUGAAACCAAUGAGCAAGAGCUUAUGGAACAACCAAUGUUUGAAAAAUUCAAUGCAUUGUUGCAUGCUGGUAUAACGAAGAAAAAAUCUGGUAAUAUCAUUUCUAUUCCAUUCUUGAAAAAAUAUGUUCAAUAUGCCAAACAAAGAGUUAAACCAGUCUUAAGCAAAGGUGCCUCUGAUUAUAUUGUCGGUACUUAUUCUUCAUUAAGAAAUGAUUUAAUUGGUAACAACCAAAGAAAUACUUCUCCAAUCACAGCAAGAACUUUAGAAACAUUAAUUCGUCUUGCUACAGCACAUGCUAAGGUAAGAUUAUCCAAAACAGUUGAUGUUCAAGAUGCUAAAGUUGCUGAAGAAUUGUUGAGAUAUGCAUUGUUCAAAGAAGUUGCCAGAAAACUUACAAAGAAGCCAAGAACCAGAAACGUUUUGGAUUCUGAAGAUGAAGAAGAGAUUGACGAGGACAGAACCGAAGAGGAGGAAGAAGAACUGGAUGCUUCUGAAGAAGAAAUAUUACCGACAAGUAGAAGAACAAGAGCAAGAACUCAAAGACUACAACAACGAGAACAACGUCGUGCAGCAAGACAACAAGCUUCUCCGUCUAUUACUCCUGAGCCACCACUUGGUCAACGUGAUACCGGUGAUGAUGAUGAAGGUGUUGGUGAAGAAUUAGAACAAUUCCAUUUGGGUUCAUCUCAACCACAACUGCAACCAUUAACAUCAGGAAGAAGAGGUAAUAGUCAGCAAGAAGGUCCAUCAGUAAGUGGUAUAAGUACAGAAAGAUUGAAUUCAUUCAAGACUAUUUUGGCCAAUGUUGCUCGUUCAGAAUUGUUCAAUAAUGAAGGUGAUGUUGCACUUUAUGAAGAUGUUGUAAGUGCUGUUAAUGAUCAAAUGGAACAAGAAGAUAAGUUUUCGGAAGAAGAAAUCGAAGCUGGUUUCAAAAUUAUGAUUGAUCAAAACAAAUUCUAUCGCCAAGGUGAUAAGCUUUGGAAGAUUUAG